AAACCAUCCCUUUCAUCUUUUUGUCUCUCUCUUUCCAUCUCCUUUUUCUAUAUCUUUCGAAAUAACAAGUUGAAAAAUUAAUUAGCACAUUUCCUUUUUUUAAAUUUGUUUGAGCAAAAAAGAAACAUCUCACACAAAAAAAAAUUUAAAAAUAAAAUAAAAAGAGGAAUAUGUGCCAUGCUUUGUAUUGAUACAUAAUAGCAUAAAAAUCAAUGGAGGAGAAGAAGAGAGAAGAGAACAAAAACCCCACCAACUCAUCAUCCACCACCAUCACCACCACCAUGACAUUUUCCAACGAGAUUCCGACCACCACCACCACCAACAACAACUACACAACUUUAUUCCCUUUUCAACCUUCAAUCUCAACUUUCUUUGACACCAUGGCAUCUUCUGACCAAAAAGCUUCAUCUUUUGGAUUCAUGGACAUGUUGGGUUCUCAUGAUUACAUCAACAACAAUUUUUUAUUAUCCGAUUGGGUUCUUCCUACUGUUGCAACAACAACAACUCAUCAUCCUCUUCCUUCGCCAGCAAGUUCUAGCGUCCCAGACUCUUCUGGGACGCUGAACACUCCGGCUAAUUCUACUUCAAUUUCUUCUUCGUCUAAUGAAGCGACGAUUAAUGAUUCAUUAGAACAAAAUAGAAGUAAAGUUUCAAGAAAUGAACAUGAUGCAGAGGUUGAGGAAGAUGUAAAUGGAGGCAGAGGAGAUGAGCAAGAUCAAGACAAGUCUAAGAAACAAUUGAAAGCAAAGAAGAAGAACCAAAAGAAGGAAAGAGAACCCAGAUUUGCUUUCAUGACAAAGAGUGAAGUUGAUCACCUAGAUGAUGGCUAUAGGUGGCGUAAAUAUGGUCAAAAAGCCGUGAAAAACAGUCCUUAUCCCAGGAGCUACUAUCGUUGUACAACGGCAAGUUGCGGCGUGAAAAAACGCGUGGAGCGUUCAUCUGAUGAUUCUUCCAUUGUCGUAACUACAUAUGAGGGUCAACACACACAUCCUUGUCCUGCCACGUCACGUCAUCCUAACCUCAGCUUCGUCAACGCCCAACCUACUGCUUCGGGUUCACACUCACACUUUCUAUUACCAACAUUGUUGUACAAUAACCCCACUACUAAUAUUACUACUACUACUACUACUACACCCCCUAGUUCUUCUCAUGUUGGUGCUUCUAGUGGUACUUAUCUUAACACGUCGUCGUUUGGUGGUUUUGUUCAUGACCAAGGGAUUAAUCAUAUAAGAGAGGCUUUGUUAAGAGAUAAUGGAUUGCUUCAAGAUAUUUUUCAGAUGAAAAAAGAAGAGAAUGAUUCGUUCAAAGAUCAACAUUAGGUGACGACAAAUUGAUGAUUAUUAAUGUUAAUUACUAAUAUUCCAUCUGGUUUCAUAUAAGAGCAAAAAUUUAAAUUUUAGACUUAUUGAAUAAAAUAACUUAUGUAUCUUCAAAUUAUGGACUAGAAGGGCACCAAAAAUAUUAUGGACCAGAUACAUCAGUUAAUUAGUUCAAUAAAUUUGAAAAAAGAAUUUUUGUUGAUAUAUGAUAUCGGAGGAGUAUUAUAGAUUUAUAUAUAUAUAUAUAUACUAAUUACUGUGGAUUUUUUGUCAAGAAUUACUAUGGAUUUAUUUCAUGUGUCAAUAUAUUGCUUUUGCAGCUAGUAUAGGUUGAGUUUAUAUGAAAUUACUUACCUUUUGGAGCCUAGUUAAUUUUAUUUUAGCAUUUCCAUUGUAGCUUAUAAUGGGGCCAGGAUUUUGUUUAUUUCAU